CAUGUAUGGAAUGAUUCACAGGCACUGGCAUGGGCCCGCGCGCACUAGCGACGCGAUUUCUCAGUCAGUCGCUCUCGCUCUGUGUUGCAUACAGACAAGUUCAGUGCGCCAGCAGCAUGUCUGAUAACGGGAGUUGCGCUACGGAUGACAUUGUAAGUUGUGUUGUCGAUUAAGAAAGACUAAUUGCAGAAGUAGAAAAGCGACCAGCUCUCUACAACAGGAAAUUAAAAGAAUACAGUGAUCGCAAUUUGAAAGAGAAACUAUGGGGAGAAGUAUGCUGAGCCUAAUUCGGAACUGGACUGAACUGCCUGGACCAGAAAAGACUAACAAAGGCUGUCUUCUUUCUUGGGUGUGUGCUAGCAGUUUAUAUGAAAAACUGAAGUGUGGCAAUAGUAGCAGCAGUAAUGCUAGUAGCAGCAAACCGCCUAAGCAGUGGAAGUUACCUGCAUACAUACACCAAAUUGUGGAUGAAAUGAAUGCUGAGAUGCAUCAGUGGCAGGAGCAGCAGACACAUCAGAGGCAGCAAUUGCAGCUACUGCAGCAACAGCAUCAUAAGAAAGGCUGUGUCAGGGUAGCAACUCCUGCAGCGCACCACGGCAUGGGUAUCAUGUGUGGCGAAGCCUGCUUCGCCAAAGUGAGGCACAGUGAGGCAUGCGUCACUGGCAAAGCCCUCCAGGAGGCCUUCAGCGAGCCACAUGGCCAGCGUGAUGUCGCCGCCUGCCCACCCCUCGCAGACGGGUCCCCAGUCCUAGGUAGGUCGCGGCCCGCCGUCCCCCCUUCUGCAGUCAACGGCCACGCCGCACCUGGACAGCCCCCUCCCCAGAAAAACGUCAAUAGUGCAGUGGACCGAUGUGUUAGUGCCAUCGAAUGUCAUCGUCAGUGCCAUGAGAAGUGA